AUGGAUUUGGGUGGUGGUGUCACAACAGAACGGAAGUUGUACGACCAGUUACUGGCUCCACAACGGUAUAACAAAUUGAUUCGACCUGAGACACCGUCGGAAGCUCCAACUGUCGUCCACCUCGGACUUCGACUCUCUCAAUUCAUUAAUGUGGUAAAAACUGACUCCAUUUUAAUCGACCUGGGACAGAGGAAAGGGUAUUUUGAGGGAGGAAUUGACGAACAGAAGGAGGUGAUACAAACGCAGGUGUGGUUAGAGCAGGAAUGGCAAGAUGUCCACUUGUUGUGGGAUCCCGCUUGUUUCGGCGGUGUUGAGUCGAUCCACGUACCUGCGGAGGACCUCUGGAGACCUGAUAUUGUGCUUUACAACAACGUUGACGGUAAGUACGAAAUAACGACGCUGACGCGGGCGGAGGUCUUCUUCAAUGGGACGGUGCGAUGGAUGCCACCCGCACUCUAUUUGAGUGCCUGUCGCAUCGACAUGGAGUACUUCCCCUACGACGAACAGACCUGCUCCAUGCGGUUCGGCUCGUGGACAUACGAUGGCAGUAAAGGCAAGUUUCAACACACUGCAGUGGAUCUUCGCCAUCACCUGCAAAAGUACGCACCGGAGCUAUCGCGACCCCUCUACAUAGACUACGCGGCAGACCUGCACGACUUCGGUAGUACCAUUGAGUACGACGUGAUCUCAGUGUCCGCAGUGUGUUACGACCACAUUUACCAACACUCCCCGCACCCCUACCCCGAGGUGGUAUUCCAGUUUCGGAUGCGUCGACGCACCGCUUUCCACACUUUUAAUCUCCUCCUGCCCUGCGUGGCUAUCGCAGUGCUCGCGGUGAUGACCUUUCUGCUGCCACCGGAGUGCCGAGAGAAGAUCUCCCUCUCCAUUACCACCCUCCUAGCGCUUACUCUCUUCUUCCUUCUCAUCUCGAAGAUGGCACCACCAACGAGUUUGGCGGUACCGUUGAUUGGCAAGUACCUCCUCUUCACCAUCGCCCUUAUCACUUCCUCUAUCUUUCUCACCGUGGUCGUGCUCAACGUCCACUUCCGCUCCGCAGAGACACACCCAAUGGGAAAGUGGAUGAGGCGCAUCUUUUUGGAGGUGAUGCCGCCUCUUUUGGGCUUACAACCACCAAAACAGGCAAAAAGAGCAAUGAAGCAGACGAUGCUUGAGAUUGUGAGCAAUAAGCGGGCUAUCGAGAAGAAGAGCAAUCCGCGGUGCAGUGAAUGUAAACUGCGAGAUCACUGGGACUCCAACCGCAAGGGAACGCCUGAUCCUCUGGUUUGUCAAAUCAGUCGUCAGCUUAUGGAGUGUUGCAGCGAUGAGGCACAAAUUCGUCUGCAGAGAAAACUCCAUCAGGUGGCUGAGGGGUCAAGGUUCAUUGAGCAACGACUGCACGUCAAUAAGCGCGAGAACGACAUCAAGGAGGAAUGGCAGUUCGUAGCGCUUGUAAUGGACCGACUAUCUCUAUGGUUAUUCAGUGUUGUGAGUAUAAUAUGCACCUUCAGCAUAACACUGCAGUCACCCGCUCUGUGGGAUACAGCCAAGCCUCUCACUCCGUCCACUCUCCCAAUGUUGGCCAACCUCACCUCCUUCAACGAUCCAGAGAUGCGCUUCCCCAAUCGCACCAUCCAUAUUAUUCUCCCCAGACACUGA